CUUAGGUUGCUCGUGACUGGUCCUGUCGUCCGGACCGCGUUGACGCGCUCUUCCGUGGAUGCCUUUGGAGUUGGCGGACAGCUGAGAGGGGUUUAGCAGGACUCUGGUGUUUCCAGCACCUCGGACCUUUGCUGCUGCCACCUAGCAAGAGUUCUGGAUGGAGCUUUUGUGAUCCAGCUGACACUUUGUUCUGCGAAUUCCCUUUCACUUACCAAAGUCUGGAGGUUUGGUCACCAAUCUGAUCUCCUCCAGGAAUGAAUGCCAACAGCAUGCCUAAACAAGUGGAGGUGAGGAUGCACGAGAGCCACCUGGAGCCCAUCGAAGCCAGGCCCCAGUCAAAAUGUGCCAAAAUCUGCUCCAAAAUGUUCAAGAACCUGUUGCUCACACUCACCGUCCUCGGUGUGAUCUUGGGAGCUGUGGCAGGGAUGUUGCUUCGUGUUGCUUCUCCAAUCCAUCCAGAUAUUGUAAUGGUGAUCGCCUUUCCUGGAGACAUCCUGAUGAGGAUGCUGAAAAUGUUGAUCCUGCCACUCAUCAUCUCCAGUUUAAUCACAGGUCUGGCCGGUCUGGAUGCCAAAUCUAGCGGUCGCCUGGGAACCAGAGCUAUGGUCUACUACAUGACAACUACUGUUAUUGCUGCUGUUCUGGGAGUCAUCCUGGUGUUAGUCAUUCACCCGGGCAACCCCAAACUGAAGGAGAAUCUGGGCGAAGGCCAGGAAAAUGAGGAUGUGUCUAGCUUGGAUGCCUUCUUCGAUCUGAUCAGAAAUCUGUUCCCAGAAAAUCUGGUGCAAGCUUGUUUCCAACAGAUCCAAACAGUCACAAAGAAAGUGGAAGUUGCUGUCCAGGAGGAAAUCAAUGCCACCAGCGUGGAGGGCCUAGUGGCCAACAUGACCAAGGAGCCUCAGAUCAUUAUCAAAAAGUCCCUUCAGUUCAAGAGCGGCAUGAAUGUUUUGGGUCUGAUUGGUUUCUUUAUUGCAUUUGGCAUCUGCAUGGGAAAGAUGGGCGACAAGGCCAGACUCAUGAUUGAUUUCUUCAAUAUCCUCAAUGAGAUUGUGAUGAAAAUUGUCAUCAUGGUCAUGUGGUACUCUCCCUUUGGCAUUGCCUGUCUGAUUUGUGGUAAGAUCAUCUCCAUCCAGGACUUGGAGGUUGUAGCAAGGCAGCUUGGCAUGUACAUGGUGACUGUGAUCAUUGGGCUAAUCAUCCAUGGAGCGAUCUUCCUGCCCAGCAUCUACUUUGCUAUCACCAGAAAAAAUCCCUUCACUUUCUUUUUGGGCAUCUUCCAGGCCUGGAUCACUGCUCUGGGAACAGCUUCCAGUGCUGGUACGCUGCCUGUCACCUUCCGUUGUCUGGAAGAGAAUUUGGGAAUCGACAAGAGAGUCACUCGUUUUGUGCUCCCUGUCGGCGCCACCAUAAACAUGGACGGAACUGCUUUAUAUGAGGCUGUGGCUGCCAUUUUUAUUGCUCAGAUGAACGGCGUCAUCCUUGACCCCGGUCAGAUUAUCACAGUCAGCCUGACAGCUACCUUGGCCAGUGUCGGUGCAGCCAGUAUUCCCAGCGCCGGGCUGGUGACAAUGCUGUUGAUUCUGACUGCUGUCGGCCUGCCAACCCAAGAUAUCAGUCUGCUGGUUGCUGUUGACUGGCUGCUGGAUCGAUUCAGGACCUCGGUGAAUGUGGUGGGCGACUCCUACGGAGCUGGAAUCGUGUACCACCUUUCGAAAGCUGAGCUGGAUGAGCUGGACGCGCACAUGGCUAAAUCUGAUGACAUUGAAAUGAUGACAAAGAACCAGUCCUACUACGAUGACAUGAAGAACCACCAUGAAAACAAUUCCAACCAGUGCGUUUUAACUGCAGCUGCUUCCACAACUGCUACUGCCACAGCUAACAAUUCUAUCUUAGUAGAUGAAUGCAAGGUAACCUCAGCCACGAACGGCUCUGCUGCGGAGUGCACGCUUGUCGAGGAGGAACCGUUGAAACACGAAUAAUGGCAGCACAGAGAUCCCCUGCUCCUGGGCUCCACAAGCUUUCUUAUCUGGUGAAAACAAAUGAAUGAAUGAAAUGUCACACGAACAGAACUACUAAUUGUUUUUUUUAAAUAGUUUUAUUAUUUUUAUUAGUCCCUUUAAGGUUUUUGUAUACGUCUAUCUGACUGAUGUGUUUUACUAAUUCACUUAACUGUGAACUGAUCCCAGAACUAUACCUCACCUGUUAGAGCUCAGUCGUAUCCUGGGUAGCAGAAACUUGCACAACGUACUUAAAGGUUUAGAGGAGGGAAGAAAAUGUCAGAUAAAUCAUUCUUAGCAAUACAUUGUGGUGAGGCAGAGCAGCUGUAGAACGCAGAUGCACUGAAACCAUUGUCCAGUUUUCAUCACGAUGACUCAUUUACAUCCAAGGACGAGUGGGAAUCAGAUCAUGAACAAUGAUACUGAAAAAUCCUGUUUACAUCCACAAUAGUAAAAGUACAACACAUGCACAAAAGCACUGCCAUUUUCCACCUAAAUAUUCUAUUUUCUGACUUUUUUCAUAAUUUUUAUAACAAACUUUAAAUGAACAUUCAAAUAUGACUCCCCAUCCAUGCAAACUAGCAAGUUGAUCAAUGAUAGUAUUCAGAAAAGGACAAAACACUGACAAUAUUUUUAUAAGUAUUAUCUAAAUGGAGUUUUAAAGCACAAACCAUUGGAUUGAAUUAAUAUAUGCCCUUUCUGUCUUUGUUGUCUUGUGCGAAAGAAUAUAUUCCUUGUUUCAUUCAUUGAGGAACAUUUUGAAAUGAUUUAUUUGCAUCACAUGGAGAAAAUGACACUCAAAAGCACGAUCGAGUUAAAUAAAGGGACCAAACAGAAACCAAUCAGCACACAGGUCUUUGCGCUGCCUCUCUUAUGCCACUCAUGGAAAAUCCUAGCAUUUUCCACUGUGAUGCAAAUGCAAAAAGAAGAAAAUCAAUCUUUCAUUAUUAUGCAAUGACAACCACCUCCCUAAUUCAUGAACUUUUUUGAGCACUUUCCCCUUUUACCCCCAAAGUUACUUUACGAUACCAAUGAAAUUAAAAUGAAAGACAUUUUAUUUAAAAUAAAUAAGAAUAUAAGACCCCAAUUUGAAUGUAACAGAUUAUUUAGAGCCUAAGUAAAGUUUAAGUGCACAAACAAAGCUAAAAACCCAAUGAGGUGAAUUUCCAUUCAAUCAUGUUCAACAUUCUUUCAUGUGAAAGUCACAAUAGACUCUCACUUGUGUGCAACAACUAAAAGGCCUCAUAUUAGCACACUUUCUUCCAGCUUUGUCUGUAAAAGUAAGUUUACAGCAAUUGUCUAUGCUGAAAGAAAUUUAUUGAUUAAGAAAAUAUGGAGCGAAGAUUCCCUGCACAAAAAGUGGUUUCACACACUCCAGUGGUUAAAGCACAGCGAGCACUUAUAAAGCACAAGCAGAACAGAGAGUGAUGCAACAUUUAGCUGUUAGAUGAUUGGUUUGCUCUCACAGAAAACCGUCAUAUAAAACUUUUUGAGGACGCAUCUUGCUCUGCAAACCCAAAAAUAAAAUACAUAACAGAAUAUUCCUGCCGCCAGAGCUCAUGACUGUUCAAUCAAACCCUUUAUACUGCAGCUAUGUGUCCAGAUUAACGAAGGAACAUCUCAUUUAAGGACACUCAGAACAGAGUAAGGGACACGUGAAGAAAUCUGCAUAAUGCCAAGCCUUCAGGUUCACAGAAUAUCUGCCUCUGAUUGACUCACGACUCAUGAUUAUGGCAGAAAUGCUCAUAUUCACAAUAAAACAUGAUUUGUUUUAGCCUGAGCGAGUGAGACUUAUGAUUUGUUUCCUCUUCGUCUUUUUGUUUCUUUAAUAUUGUGCUGAAUUUUGCCUCGAAGGCGUUCAAAUAACAUAAAAAAUAAAAAACACAUUUUCAAGAAAAAGUAGGAAAUUUAACGCAACACUUAGCACCGCACUCCUGAAACACACUUUAAGAUAUGUGGGAGCUCGGCUAACAGAUGUGGCACAUGCAUGCUAAGUCGCUGUUCUAUUAAACACACACGCACACACUGACACUCACAACCACCUGGGUGUUUCCUACUCAGACUCAGAUAAAAAUGCAUUUAACACAUAAAACUUAAAGAACAGUGUCAUGAUAAUCUGUGAUCAAGUUGCUGACAUAACCUUUUAACUCAUUCACUGCCAAUAACGAUAAAAGUCGUCAUUUAAAAUCCAACCGUUCACUGCCAGUGACAACUAAAGUCAUCAUUUGCGGGUUUUUUUUUUUUACUGUGGGGGCGUCGGAACGAGCCCCCGCACCGUGUGAACAAACAUCCCAGCUCUAAAGCCGAUCUUCAUCCGCUUACGUGAUCAGGAAGCAGAAAAUCCAUGUGUUAGUAGAUCGUUUUGGGCCGCUGCUGUAAAAAAAAGUGAGGCACAAACCGGAAAAGCUUCUGCCGAUCACAAUUCAACAACGAAUUACGAAAGCUCGGAAGGCGCAGAUUCUUCCUGAUGUAACAGGAGAGUCUACUCUUUGUUUAGUUUUGGCGUUGACAUCCACCCAGAGCACAACGUUCUGUGACUCUUAAAAAAAACUGUAAAAACGCUGAGAAACUCUGGCAGCGAAGGGCUCUACUGAUCAGGAAAUGACUGGCAGUGAAUGGGUCAAUCUUGUGAUUUUUUUUUUCAGGACAAAUGUAUGAAUAAAAUAAUUUUCAUUGCAGAUUUCUUCAUUUGGAGCGGUAGGAAAAUCCAAAAAGUAUUAACGAGUUCUGCCCCUGCACCUGUGCAUGCCCGUCGCUCUGUAAAGCCACGUUAAAAAAUGUAACCCAGUCCUUGCCAACACACCCGUGGUUUCCCUGCUGCUGCAGGCUUGACCGUCUGCAGCGAAACCGGUUUAUCAUCACUAAACGGCGCCGAGUGUCGGUCGACUGCUAUGUUCAAACCCGUUGUUUUAGAAGCAUGCAUUAAAAAAACAAUUCUAUUGCUAAUUAUUUUUUGCACCACUGUCCUAAAAGCAUGAUAUAUUUAAAGUGCCUCUUUGCACUUUGUGUAUAUAUUGUAGGUAAAAGAUAUUUUUUUCUUCAUCUUCCUUUUUUGGGGGGUUGUUUCAUGUCAGCGGCACUGGAAUGGUAUUUAGGUUUGUAGUUUCAUUACCGUGGCAUUUUUAAUGUAAUCAUGUAGAGGAAAGGGGGAAAAAAAUCAUCUAUGUCCCAAGUAAAACCAGAGUAGAGUUUGUAUAGAGAAAACCGUGUAAUUAAUUUCUUGUUUUCAUUUUUUAUUUUCUAAUUGCUGUUAACUAGCUGUUUGACUCACCUGUUACACAACAAUAUAUAAAUAUCUUUUAUUUUUUUGUAUCUAAUGUAAGCGUUUUGAAUGUUUGUUCCAUAAAGAUAUAUGCAGUGUGAAGUCAUUUUCAUUGUACAUACAUAAAUAUAUAAUUGUUCUGUUCAGUGGAAAUGGAAAAAUUUAUUGAAAUUGUAAUGGUCCCGAAACAAAAACAACAAAAAAAAACUGCAUGAAUAAAACAAGGAAUAGUGAGAAACGAGAAAAGGGAAGUUUGGGGUUUUAGAAGAGAGCCAACCUGAUGUUAUUAGGUUGAAAUUCUUGUUUUGAAGAUGAAGGAAAAGGUUCCAUUUGCCUUUGUGUAGGUUAGAGUGAGGACUUCAAAAUACAGCCAAGAAGUUAGAGUGCAAGAACAAACAUUCAUGGUAUCUAAUGCCUGUUAGAGCAACAAUCCUCAGGUGAUUUAUCAGAUUAUUUUUAUUAUUAAAAUAAAACUGGCUUUAGUCUCAGGCAUCUAUGUCUAACUGGUGCGUGUCCAUUUAAGCUGCCAGAAUCUACAUCCUCUCAUCCAGGCUCUGUUGCAUCAUCAGCAUCAUUCAAACCCCACUCAGUAAAAAACUGCCUUUUACCCCAAAUGCCUUCUUUUUUUCUUUUUUUUUUUUGCACACUGAAACUGCGUGUGCACACACACACACACACACACACACACACACACACACACACACACACACACACACACACACACACACCUGACGUUUUCUCAGCUAAAUGCAACAAAUGACAUGGAAAGAGCCAGAACAUCUACAAGCCAAUUUGUUUUUUUUAUUCUACUGAAAUGUGUCUUACUCUAAAAGUUCUAAAUGGAGGCGAUAGGCUUUCUCACUGCUGCCUGAAAUGGGUUUUCAUGAUCAUGCUUUUUAAGGCCUGCCCUCAAUGUGAAGCUGUUGUGAUCUCAACAUGAAGGCAGAGAGUAUGUGUGUGUGUGGGGGGGUGUAGGGGUGGAUACAAUACAUAAUUGGUGGUGGGGGGGGUAGAUGAAACAUGCUGUCUUUGGUUUAUAGUAUGCAAAAAAAAAAUAAGAGUCUGUUUCUACAUAUCAAUAAGUGUUGUACCUUUGGUGUACAUAUACAAGUAUAACUAAUAAAUGUUGAUUCAUAACUAAA